CAUCAACAUGGCGACAUGCUGGAAGAUGGGGCGAAGCAGGAGAAAUGUUUGGGCUCUUUCGCUGGUUAUUUUCCUCCAGCUGUUAGCCAGCGGGUGCCUGUCAGCUCCGGCAAAAGUCGGUACGCAAGAUCAGGGGGAAAGCGCAUCUCAAAAUUCUACAGUGACCACAGUGAGCAAGGAACCAGGGCAGACAGAGCCUUCCUCACCUGUACAGAGUCCAACUUUACCAGAUCCCAAGAACUCUGCAGCACCCGCUGGCAAUAACUCCACAGCAACAGAAGCAGAGACCCUGAAAGAAAAGCCCACAACAGCCAUUCAACCAAAAACAUCAAAAGAGGAAACAAAUCCAGUGAUCCUAAUUGAUGCCUCUGAUUUGCAGCCAUUACCUGUCAACAAUGGCCACACAAACUCAGCUGUGCAAAACGACAAGCCAGCCACAGUGGAGGCAACAGAUGAACCUGCUGCUUCUGAAACCAGUUCAGCCUCUACUACAGUCGCUGCCUCCACCUCCGCCAAAGCCCCUGAACCAGCCAAACCAGUAACGGAUGAGCCAGAAGCACCUCAGUCUGACUCCAAACCCUCCAACGCACUGAAUCCGUCCAUAGUGCAGGACAUUGACCCAGAUCUGCUGCCGACCACUGACAAAGAGCCGGUGCUUCACAGUGAUCUCGAUGGUUAUACAGAUGAGGGUGACGAUGACGACGAGGGAGAAGAAGAUGGCAAUUACGAGGAGAGUGACGAUGAUGUCACCAUGAACAACGGAUAUGAAAAUAAUGACGACGGCAAAGCGCAGCCUGUGAACAGGCUGCAGCAGGCAGACGGGAUGGAGCUGACCCAUGUCCAGGCCCCAGAUGGUUACAGCACAGAGGAUGAGGACUCUCACUUCUUCUUUCAUCUGGUCAUCCUGGCUUUCCUGGUGGCAAUCGUUUACAUCACCUAUCACAACAAGAGGAAGAUCUUCCUCCUGGCUCAGAGCCGACGCUGGAAGGACAGUCUAUGUUCCCGCAACACCGUGGAGUAUCACCGCCUGGACCAAAACGUCAACGAGGCCAUGCCGUCCCUCAAGAUGACCCGAGACUACAUCUUUUGAUCCACGUUUUGAAGAACAUUAUGUCCAGACCUGCACAGAGCCAGUUGGCCUUCCUGCCUGGCCAGUCGCGUUGUUGACAUGCUGUGCUUUGUCAUGGAGCUUGGUUGAUGCUUUCUCUUGCUUUACAGGCCAACUGGAGAGCAGGGGGUGUGAUGUGUUUGAGAGUUAUGUUUGUUCGGACGUUUUUUGUUGUCUGCACAGAGAGAUUUUUACUCUUUAUUUGUUAUUCGUAUUUGUUACAUGAUUUGAAUGUUACUUGUCUUUUUUUUUCUAAAUUAAUAACUUCUUGGGAUUUAAUAUAUUGAUUUAUUUAGGGGUCUUAUUAUCUGUCUUUUUUGGGAGUGUUUCAGCCUUAUGGUCCCUCUACACCUGUUUUUUUUUGUUUUGUUUUUUUGUAAUGCUUCUUACAUACGGUCUUAAUAUCUUUAACACUUGCUUUAAGAAUAGGAAGAAUUACAUGUUGAUGUAACUUAGUCAUAAUAUAAUACUUCAUUAUGACAGUUUAUUAUUUACCCCAAGAUUAAUAAUAGAUUUUUCUCUCAGCAGUUAGCCAAGAUAUGAAUUGGCACAGAAGGCAUUUGCUUUUUAAAGCACUUGUUGUUGUGUCAUGCAUACUUUUGUAUUGUCAAGAUGUGAGUAUGCAAAAAAACAGCAAUCUAGCAGAAGGUGAUACAUAUGUAUAUAUGCAGUCAUUCCAAAAACUAUCCACCACUCAUGUCGAAAUGGUCUGUGUCAUACACUGGACUGCAAGUACAGUACUGUCCACUAGGGGUGAAUGAUAUGGCCCUAAAAUAAUAUCACAAUAUUUGAGGGUAUUUCUGUGAUAAUGAUAUUCUUGACGCCAUGACAAAAUACUGAGUACAGCUUGCCAAAGAUUUGCCGAUGCUGUGCUGAGCCAGUGUAGUUUGUCUGCUUGGUUUUGAACUCACACUAGCUGCUGAGCUCUCUUCUGAGGAUGCAGGACUCUGGUACUCAACCGGCUGCUUCUGCUCAAGAUGGUGAAAUAAGUUUGCAUUGCCCCACUUUGUUGUUGCAGUUUUCUUGCACUUCCUGUAUAUUACCAUGGUUUGUUGUACAUUGGAUAUUUUGUAACAAAACCACUUCCACAAUACUGAAGUCGCUCAAAUUCAAACUCAAAACUCCUCCUCUGUGGAGCCGGUAGCAGUGUUACUUUCACUUUCAGCCAUACUUGUUGCUCUGUGUAUCGGUCUGAUGUCAUUAUGUCAACAAGUCAGAAUAUUUCCUUUAUCACGAUAUGAAAAAUUUUAAAAACAUAAAUAAUUAUACUGAUGUUAUUGUGAACUGUAUGAUAUGGCACACCCCUACUGUACAGUAUAAUAGGAAACAUUGGGAUUGAUUUCAAUAUAUAUACUGUUGCAAAAUUCACCAGUGUGUAAUGUAAAGCUAAUCAGACCAUUUUUUUUAAUCAAAGGAAGAUACAACAUUUCACAGAAAUUUGAAAAUGUAGUUCAAGUGUAAUUUUUUUUCAACUGUUUCACCAUCACCUACGUUUCCUGUGACACCUGCAGGCAUAAAAGCCUUUUCAUUUGACAUGAUGUAAGGGAUGUAAAAUUCCUUUUACACGUUGGGAGAUUCAGCUGCACAUUAAGCAUCUCAUCAAAGAGGGUAACCACCCCUCAGCUGACGAGUCUGUUCAUGUGCUGAAGCCAUUUAAAUGAAGACAGAUACUGUUUGUUGUUCAGGUUGGAAUGUACUAAUAUAUUGUAUGGGAGGAGCUUUUAUUGCCAGACCUUUUUCUCGUUCUUCAGUUUAUAUUUGUCUAAUAUGAUACCUCUUCUACUACCCAGAUUUUGCUAUGCAGAAAUCCUGGGGCUGGCCCUCUUUGCUUUAUGACUUCGGUGAAGUCUCUAUCAAUCAUUUAUAGUCUUCAUUGUAAUGGCUGUGUUCCCUCAUGCUCACGCAGAGCUUUUCAUUUUUAGUUACUUCCUAUCAGAGUACAGUGUGGUGGACUGGUAUCUUUGUUCAUCAGAAAUUUUGCACCGUCAGUGUGACCUGAUGUUCACAUGAGCACCAAAAAACCCCCCAACAAAACAAGAGCAGACCACAUUGUUUUUUUUUUUUGGCACUCAUAACUCUUGACUCUUCAUCACAGCCACAUGUUUUUUUUUCGUCUGUUGCCUUCGAUUGAAAUGCCAUAACUGCCACAUGAAUCCACAUAUUUGUUAUCUCUUGUCACCUUCAGCCAGUUUUCAACUGUCGUGUAUGUAUACAAGAUACACAGCAGAUAGAUAGAUAACGCGAUUUGCACUGUGCUGAUCAGUCAUGCUAGAACAUGAGCUAAGAUGAUGAAUCAACACUGCUCUUGCAAUCAACUGUAGAAACUGUACAAUCCUUUUUUGUCAAUAAAGCACAAAUUGUGUCCUC